AUGGCUCAACAGGAAGGGAUGAGUUCCGCCCCUGUGCGGGUCCUGGAAGAAGCUUUGGGCAUGGGUUUGACGACGGCUGGGGCAACUACAGAUGAGGUGGCCGCAGAGGGCAUCUACUACCUGGAACAUAUCACCAUAACUGAGCCAUCUGAAGAUGAUUUUGAGUAUGAAGAGAUACCAGAUGACAAUUUUAGCAUUCCUGAAGGUGAAGAAGAUCUGGCAAAAACAAUUCACCUGGUACAAGAACGGGAUACAGAUACUCAAAUCUUGGAGCAAGAAACAAUUCUUCCUUCAAAGCCUGUGAUACCUGAAGUAAUAGAAGACUUUCUCUGCAAUUUCCUGAUCAAAAUGGGAAUGACUCGAACUCUUGAUUGCUUUCAGUCUGAAUGGUAUGAGUUACUACAGAAGAAAGUAACUGACCUUCCAGCCAAUGGGAAUGUUCCAGAUGUCUAUAACCAGAUUAUGCUUUUAGAGACUGAGAACAGAAAUUUGAAGAAGGAUUUGAAGCACUUCAAACAAGCAGCUGACAAAGCUAGAGAAAAUCUGCUGAAAAUUCAGAAAGAACGUGAUUAUCAUCGAAUGCAUCAUAAGCGAACAAUCCAAGAAAAAACAAAGUUGAUUAAUGACCUCAAAGGGUUAAAGUUACAUUAUGCAUCUUAUGAACCAACUAUAAAGGUGUUACAUGAGAAGCACCAGGCUUUGCUGAAGGAGAAAAUGCUAAUCUCCUUGGAAAGAGACAGAGCUGUUGGGAAGAUUUCUGGACUUCAAGCAACAUUGAAAACCAUAGAUGCAGGCCAAAAUGUUCAUUUUCCUAUAAUUACAGUUGGUCACUACUGUGAAAAGGAAAAUAGGCCAGAAGGUCCUACUCAAGCAUGUCUUCGUGCAGCCAGGGAGCAAAACAAAUGUAAAAUGCUGAUGAAAGGUAACACAAAGCCUACCGCACCUUCCCAGAUGGUAAAGUGCCAGAUUUUUCCAGAGGUGAAGAAGGAUUCAGAAUUUCCCAUAGAUAUGCAACCAAGUCUAGACGUGAAUUUAUGUAAAGAAAAUCCCUGUCCUGCAAAAUUUGACUACAAACUGAGUAACAUUCUUAGACUUCAUGAACUUCCAGUGAGCUGCAUCCUCAUGCACCCCUGCAAGGACAUGCUCAUCUCCUGCAGUGAGGAUCGCCUCUGGAAGCUCGUGAACAUACCCAAGGGCAACGUGCUGCUCACCGGUUCCGGCCACACGGACUGGCUUUCCGGCUGCUGCGUCCACCCCAGUGAAAACAAGUUGGCUACUUCAAGUGGUGACACAACUGUGAAAUUAUGGGACCUAGCUAAAGGCGAUUGCAUUUUGACCUUGGAAGGACACAGCCAUGCGGUGUGGUCAUGCACAUGGCACUCCUGUGGUAAUUUUGUGGCUUCUGCUUCAUUGGAUAUGACGAGUAAAAUCUGGGAUGUUAACAGUGAAAGAUGCAGGUAUACCUUAUACGGACACACGGAUUCCGUGAACAGCAUUGAGUUCUUUCCCUUUUCCAACACACUUCUCACUGGCUCUGCAGACAAGACCUUGUCUAUAUGGGAUGCACGCACGGGUAAAUGUGAGCAUUCGUUGUACGGCCACAUGCAUUCAAUCAACGACGCCACCUUCACUCCCAGGGGUCACAUAAUAGCAUCCUGCGACACCUGUGGGGUUAUAAAGCUAUGGGACUUUCGGAAGCUCUUGCCCAUUGUGUCCAUUGAUAUUGGUCCCAGCCCCAGCAAUGAGGUGAACUUUGAUUCAACAGGUAGAGUUUUGGCUCAGGCAAGCAGCAAUGGAAUUAUCCAUUUGUUGGAUCUUACAUCUGGGCACAUCCACAAGCUGAUGGGCCACGAGAGUGAGGCACAGACAGUGGCAUUUACCCACGAUGGGAAAUACCUGUACUCUGGAGGUUCUGAUGGCACCAUCCGGUCGUGGUGCUGAAGGCUAGCAGCAGGUCCCAUUCCCUUUAAGGUUUGAAAAUGCCUGGAGUAGUCCCAAACCGGCAAAUAACUGGUUAAACAGCCAGUAGGUAACAUUUUAAAUUUGUUUUAAAACAUG